AUGAAUAGAGGUGGAGGUAUUAGUAGAGGAGGUAGUAGAGGAGGAGGAUUCUCAAGAGGUGGCGGUGGUUCAUCUCGUGGAGGAGGAGGAUUCUCAAGAGGUGGAGGUCGUGGAGGCUUCUCUUCAAGAGGUGGUUCUUCUGGUGGUCGUGGAGGCUUCUCUUCUAGAGGUGGAGGAGGUAGCAGAGGAGGUAGCAGAGGAGGAGGCUUCUCAAGAGGUGGUCGUGGUGGAAGAGGAGGUGCACCAGACAACUUUAAAGACUUUAAAAAAGAGAGACUCGAAAAGAAAGACAAGGCUGAAGAGUUACAAACUGCAGUUGGAUAUCACAGCUACGUAGACGACAGUGAUGAAGAGACUCCCGACGUUGAAUCAUUGGCAAGAAAGGAACCAGAGUUUAUCGACGAAGAGUUGAGCGAAAAUGAAUUAUACGGUUCCGAGGGUGAAUCAACUGACGAUGAUAUGGAUGAAGAUGGUUCAUUAUUCUCAAAUAGAAAGGAUAGAAGAUUAAACUUUGAAGAAGAAGAUGGAGAUGGAUUUGUUGAUUUAUCUGAUUUGUUGGAUAGUGGAUCAUCAUCAAAGAAACAACCACAACCAAAGAAACAACAACAACCAAAACAACAAGAGAUACAACCAAAGAAGAAACAAACAACAUCACUUUAUGAAGAAGAUGAAGAAGAUGAAGAGGAGAUGGAUGAAAGUGACGAUGACAGUGAAGAGAUGUUUAGUGCUGAAGAAGAGAUGAUGGAUGAAAGUGACGAUGAAAGUGAAGAAUAUAAUCCAGAUGAACAAGAUGAAGAAUUCAAAGAAGAGGAUGAUGAAAAGAUGUUAGAGUUGAUGGAAGGAUUGGACACUACUCAAUUAAAGAAACUUAGUAAUCUGCCAGAUGUGACAGAGAUGUUUAGCAAGGAGUCUCAACAUGGUGUACGUCCAACCAACGACGACCAGUUGGAUCUUGGUGACUUGCUCGAGAUGAUGCCCGAGGAGUUUGACCAACUCAAGACACAGUUACAAGGUGUUGCUAGUGGUGGAGGUGCGUUGUCCAAGCCAUUGAACCAUAUCGACCAGGCUAAAUUGUCGCGUAAGAUAGCCACACAAGAUGUUGAAAAGUCGUUGGCCAAAUGGGACCGUUUCAUCAGACACCAACGUGAACUCGCCACCGUCGUCUACAAGCGUCGUGUCGAGACUGUCAACGAUGUCAGUGUAUUGGGAACUGCUACCCAAGCAACCGACCUCAACAGACUCAUUGGCAGUGCUCUCAAAAAGGACGGGCUCCCCAACAACAUGGCUGUCAACGCAGCUGGCUCUGGAGGGGACAAGAAGAAAAAGACUAAAAAGGAGUUACACGAAGACAAGGAACGUCUCAACGAGAUCAUUGCGUUGCGUAACAAGAUGUACUAUGAGGCACAAAAGAAUAAGCGUCAGUCCAAGAUCAAGAGCAAGACGUACCGCAAGAUCCUCAAGAAACAGCGUAUCAAGGAGAUGGAGAAGCGUGACGAAGAGCUCUCUAAGCUCGACCCAGAGUAUGCCCGUCACAAGCAGUUGGCUGCCGAAGAAGCUCGUAUCGUCGAGCGUAUGAACCAACGUCACACCAACAAGUCCAAGUUUAUGAAGAAUGUGCUCAAGGGCGGUCUCAACCUCGAGCGUCGCCAAGCCAUCAACGAGCAACACCAGACUCACCUCGAGCUCAAGAACAAGAUGAAGAGUGUACGUCAAGAGUUUAGCGACAGCGAUGCUAGCGAUGACGAUGACACCCCAUCCUCCAACAACAAGGACGAACAAAUGUACAAGUCGGUUGACAGAGACAUUAGCGAGCGUGAUGUCGAGGACUUGGACACCACUCUCCCCAUCAAAGAGAGAAUCCAACAAAAGUUGGGUCUCCUUGGCAUGAAUCCAAACGCCAAGGAAAUCGUCUCGGACAAGGGUAUCAACGCACUCAAGUUUAUGCAAAACAGCGUCGAGCGUGACCUCGACCAACAAAUCCAAAGAAAGAUUCAUGGCAACGACGACUAUGAUGCCAUGGAAGCACAAGAAAAGAAGAAACAACAAAUUGAUAAGGAGUAUAGUGGUCAUAUCGCCAUUCAUCGUCCAGUUGCCAAACAACAACAACAAUCACAAACUACAAAGUCUGAUACUACUGGUCAAUUAGUUGACAAGGUUGCCUUUUCAAGUGGUCACAAGAUGAAAACUUCAACAUCUAUUUCAGUUGGUCAAGCUGCUUCUGUUGACAUUGAAAAUGUAAAGUCUAGUGAUAUCACAGCUUCAACAAACAAAAAGGUUGCAGACUAUGUAAAGAUCAAGAUUGACGAAAAUGAUAAAAAGAAACGUAAACAUGUAGAGGAUGAACAAGAGGAAGAGGAAUCGGCCGAUUCAAAUCCAUGGAUAAACGGAACAGAAAGAAGUCAAGCUGGAACUGGUAGCAAGGAAAAGAAAAAAAAGAUUCUAAAAAAACCAAAAAAGAAUAGCAACAACAACAAGAAUAGCAAGAAAAAUCAAUCAAUGUCUCUUAUCACCUCCAAGAAACAAAAGGAUCUCCUUAAAAAGGCAUUUGAAAAUGAUGGUGUUCAAGAGGAAUUUGAACAAGAAAAGGAUGAAUUAAUCGAAAAUGCAGUUGCUCCAACUCAAGAUGCUUCUUUACCAGGUUGGGGUUCUUGGGCUGGUGAUGGUGUAAAACAAAGUAAAUUUGAAAUUCAAAAAAGAAAGAAACAAAAAAUCCAACGUGAUGCUCAAGUUAAGGAUUUGGCUUCAAAGAGAACAGAUAUUACCAACAAUAAGGUUAUUAUUGACGAUGCAGCUCUAAAGGGAGGAAUUGGUAAAUAUAUGAUUAAUAAUAUUCCACGUCAUUAUGUCAACAAGGAACAAUAUGAAAAUACAUUGGAAACUCCAAUUGGUCCAGAUUGGAAUACAUAUUCUGCAUUUAAGAAAUUGAUUGAACCCAAGUUGCGUGUCGAGGCUGGUGUGACCAUCCAACCAGUCGGCACAAAAGAAUUGUCCCAGUUCAACAAAGAAACAAGUGAUGAUGUUCAAACAACACCAAUUAUAUUGAUUGUUUUCAAUCAAUUUGGUCAUUGUACUCUCAAUGUUGACAACUACACCCCAUGUGUGGGCAUUGUUGUUGUUGUUGAUGUUCCAACCCUACCUUACCCGGGGGGAAAAGAAAAAGUAACUAACCAUACACCAAUUGUAAAACAGAUUCAAACAGAUUCAAUUUCCACAACCCAAAAGUUGGGUACAGUACACGAGCACUCGCUGCAGGAUAACUUUUAA